CCGGCUCAACCCCACCUCCUCACCGCUCUCUCUCCUCCAACCUUCCUCGGCGGCGGCUUCUCCGACGACUCUCUUCUCCGGCGGCGUAAGCCAUGAGCAGCAAUGGAAGAAAAUCCACAAGGACCCGAGCAGUAGGCAUAGCCCACGCACCACCCAUCCACCUCUACCACUUCCCCAACACUCACAGGCGGCCGUCACUCCCGGUCCCGACCGCGGCGCCCCAACCUAGACGGCCGCCCCUCCGCCCAUCCCCUAUAAUCCGGCGAUGACGGCUACAAGAGAGGAUCAUCUCAAGCCCCCAGCGCGCGCAACCUCCCCUGCGCCGGUAGAUGGCAUCGGCCUAGGCACCAGCAACUCGUGACCGCGCCGCCGCCGGUGGAGCCUGGGGAGUCCGACCACGGAUGCGAUUUGGAUUCUAGCUGGGACUUGCUCGAUUUUGCGCUCGUUCUUUCUGCUGGAUCCUAUCAUUAGACCUCUACGAGAUUUAGACUCUGAGACAUUACAGAAGAUGAUGCCAGACGUUCCAUUAUGGGUCAAGUGUCCAGACUAUGAAAGGGUUGACUGGAUGAACAAGUUUAUUUUUGAUAUGUGGCCUUUCCUGGACAAGGCAAUAUGCAAAAUAAUAAGAAGUGUAGCAAAGCCAAUAUGUGAUCAAUAUGUUGGAAAAUAUGGUAUUGAAUCAAUUGAAUUUGGAAACUUAACACUUGGCAGUCUUCCACCUACACUUCAAGGAAUUAAAGUUUAUGAAAUGCGAGAAAAAGAGCUGGUAAUUGAACCUGUGAUUCGGUGGGCUAGCAUAGCAAAUGUCACAAUGAAUGUGAAGGUGCAUUCAUUUGAAUUGUCUGCCCAGCUUUUAGACUUGCAUACAAUGCUGACACCACGUGUGACUCUGAAGCCACUUGUGCCAAGCUUUCCCUGCUUUUCCAACUUGUGUGUUUCACUGGUGGAGAAGCCGCAUGUUGACUUUGGGUUCAAAUUGCUGGGUGGAGAUGUCAUGGCGAUUCCUGGUUUGUAUCGGUUUGUCCAGGAUCAAAUAGCAAAGCAAAUUGCAAUUCUCUAUCAUUGGCCUAAGGUCAUAGAAAUUCCUAUUUUAGAUGGGGCAAGUGGAGCUACAAAGAAACCAGUUGGGAUAUUACACGUGAAGGUAAUUCGUGCCAUGAAUCUUCCCAAGAUGGACUUGCUUGGAAAAUCUGACCCCUAUGUCAAACUCCGGCUGAGUGGAGAGAGACUGCCCUCAAAGAAAACCUCUAUUAAGAUGAGCAACCUGAAUCCUGAAUGGAAUGAACAUUUCAGGCUUGUUGUCAAGGAUCCCGAAACGCAAGUCCUUGAGCUCCAGAUGUUUGAUUGGGAAAAGCUCAAAAUGCAUGAUAAAAUGGGCGUGCAACUAAUUCCCCUCCGCUCGCUUACUCCUUAUGAGAGCAAGUUGUUCACACUGGACCUUCUCAAAAGCAUGAACCCAAAUGAUCAGCAAAACAAGAAGAAUAGAGGAAAGCUAGUCGUGGAAUUGACAUUUGAUCCUUUUAGAGAUGACAACAGCAUGAGUGCUGUGAAUUCAGAUGGUGAAGGCAAUAUCAGUAUAAAAAGGGAUGUCCCACCUGGUGGUGGGGUGCUGUUAGUUUCAGUAGAAAAUGCAGAAGAUGUUGAAGGGAAGCGUCACACUAAUCCAUAUGCCGUGGUUCUUUUUAGGGGAGAGAAGAAGGAAACUAAGGUGAUCAGGAAGGCGAGGGACCCAAGAUGGAACGAGGAGUUCCAGUUUGUGGUGGACGAGGCCCCCGUGGACGAAAAGAUUCACAUCCAAGUCCGGAGUAGACGCCGGGGGCUCCUCCCCUUCCACAACAAGGAGUCGCUGGGGCACGUGAACAUCAACCUGGUGGACGUGGUGAACAACGGGCGGAUCAACGAGAAGUACCACCUCAUCAACUCCAGGAACGGGAAGUUGCACGUCGAGAUCAAGUGGAACACCGUGUGACGACUUUGCUCCUGUACAUUAUUAAGCUGAACCAUGCUCAUCGUCGAGGUAUUUUGCUUGCGGACCCUGUAUGUGGAUGUUGCUGUAGCUUUUCUGCUUUUGCGUCCAGGUAUUUUGCCUUUGCUACUUUGGGCGCUUUUGGCGUGCGGUGUAACAUACAGUAGGGCCUUUGUGCCCCCCUGAGAACUAUUUGGAGCAUGAUAAAAGGUGCUGCGUUUUGCUCCA